UGAAGGUUCUGUCGGCGGCCACGAGGGAUCCGGCAAACCUAGGGUUUAAGAUGGAGGGUUUGAGAAUUCGUGAGAAUUUGUAUUGGUUGAAAGGCGGUGGCAAGUUCACCCUCCAUGGUUAACAACAGGGUUGAUUGGCACCACUGAUGGCAGUAUGGUUUAUUGAUUCCAAUGAGAGGAGUCUAUUGAGGUUGAUAAUCCUGGCCUUUUACUUGCCCAAGUUAUCCAAGUUCCAAAUGUAUGUUAACCAGUUGGUCCCUAAACUUGUUAUUAAGUAGGUAAUUAAGGAUAAUGCAUUAAAAAUUAGAGGAGAUGGCAAGAGGGGCAGCAUGCAAGUGGGAAAGGGGGAAAAUAAAUAUUGAAAGGAUGGGAGGAGUAGAAAAAACAACUAAAGGCUUAAUUCUGGGCCGGGAUAUAUUCCAUUGGGAUUUAGUGGUAAGAUGUUGCCUUCCAGAAGCUUUUGGUGAGUAGGAUGGGCCAAUAAUCUGAAUUCACUGCUAGUCCUACUGAUUCCGGCGUCUGCUGACUGAUACUUUCCUUCCUAAAUCUCAAAUUCAGAUAUUUCCUUAAAAGUUUCUUUGAAAUGAAAAUUGUGAGGGCUCAAGUAGUUUGAAUAUAUUUUUCUUUCGAAGGAAUAUCGAAAUUUCCCCAAAAGUAAAAAAGCUAGCUGGAAAUCGGUUUUGGACCAGAAUUUAUACUUCAACUCUUGUCUUUAUGGAAUCAUGUCUUUCUUUGGUAAUGCUUUGUCAGAUGUAGUUUAUAUGAAAUUCGUAGUCAGUUCUCUGCUCACCGUUGUUUUCACCAAAUUUGGAAUGAAGUAUUGUACCUAAGAUGAAGUUAGGCAAGUAUUCUCUAUUGACUCCCAUCAUACAGGUCUCUUUAAACUUGGGGGGCUGAUUUACUGCACUCGUGUACAGGGCUGUCUGUGGUAUACUUAUCUGGCAGGCAUUCGACAAGUAGCCAACAAUUUGGAACAUACAGCCAAGAUGAUGUUGAUGCACUUCGAGCAUUAGCUGAGGAACCUGGCAUAGUGGACUUGUUCCUUACAUAUCCUUGCUGUUUGAGAAACAAUCUUUGUCUAGAGUGAUUCAUUGUUCUUUUGUUCGUACCUUUUAGUAGCUAGUAGUUGUCCUAUUUCUUUUUAUGCUCUCUGCUUUCUUCAGUUCCUUAACUGGACAUACUAAUGAGUGGCCAAGCGGGGUCACAAAUGGUGCUGUUACUUCUGAUCUUCCUCUUGGAGUCUUUGAUUCGUAUGGUAGCAGUUCCACUGUGUCAGAAUUAGUAGCGGAGAUCAAGCCUCGCUACCAUGUUGCAGCUACUAAGGGUAUAUUUUAUGCUCGAGAACCCUAUACCAAUGUUGAAGCUGUACAUAUAACACGUUUCUUAGGUCUUGCUCCUGUUGGAAACAAAGAUAAACAGAAAUUCUUACAUGCAAUAUCUCCUACUCCAGCAUCUGUCAUGGCUUCUUCUGAGAUUGGCAUGAAGACAACAAAUACAACCUUAUUUCCAUUUUCAUCCGUUGAGAAAGCUACCCAUACUACUGAUGGAGCACCAAAGAGAUCUAGUGAUACUGCCUCUGACUCACAAUAUUGGCGGUAUGAUACCUCCCAGAAACGGCAGAAACAUGGCGAUAGCGAUGGCAAUAAGCUGUGCUUUAAAUAUCUGUCUUCGGGUUCUUGUGAUCGAGGAGAGAAAUGCCACUUUCAGCACAAUGAAGGCGCAAGAGACCAAUAUUUAAGUGGUGUGUGCUUUGAUUUUCUCAUCAAAGGCAAGUGCGAAAGGGGUCCAGAUUGCGCCUUUAAGCACGGUGCAGAGGAAGAAGGUAACAGCUUUCCUAGCGGGAGACCUAGAUCGGGAAAUGCAAACUCUGAAAGGUCAAGAGAUUGCUGGUUUUGUUUAUCAAGUCCCAGUUUGGAGUCACAUCUAAUCACAAGUAUAGGGGAACACUACUACUGUGCACUUGCUAAAGGACCCCUAGUGGAAGAUCAUGUGCUGGUUAUACCCAUUGAACACAUACCUACUACCCUUGUAUCUUCCCCUGAAUGUGAAACAGAGUUAAUUAGAUUCCAGAACAGCCUGAAAAUGUAUUUCAAGAACCAAGGGAAGGAAGCUGUAUUUUUUGAGUGGGUUUUCAAGCGAGGCAGUCAUGCUAAUCUUCAGGCUAUUCCUAUUCUGCCAUCCAGAGUAUCUGCUAUUCAAGAUAUCUUUAAUUUAGCUGCUCAAAAGUUGGGGUUCAAGUUCAUGGUUAUUAAAAAUGAUGACAGUUCUGAAGGGAGAAAAAUGCUGCAAAUGAAGUUUGAUAGAAAAUGCAGUUUAUUCUAUGUGGAACUACCUGGAGGAACAAUACUGUAUCAUUUAGUUGAUGAAAAUGAGAAAUUCCCCACCCAAUUUGGUCGCGAGGUUUUGGCAGGCUUACUGAACAAAGCCGACAGGGCUGAUUGGAGGAAUUGUAAGCUCAGCAAAGAAGAAGAAGAAAAGACGGUUGGGAAUUUCAAGAAUCGUUUUAAAGAGUAUAACCCAAACCCAUGACUUUGCACGUGAGGAUUAGAUCAUCAUCUGGCAAGUGGAAUGGCGCCAACUUGGAUGUCAUCUGUAUGCAGUCCCACUUGUCUCGCCACAAAUUGCCAUCGGUUAUCUCGUCUAUCGGAAUCAGAUAUCAUUAAGAGGUGGCCGGCCUUAUGUUCUUGGGCCUUGGGUCCUCUCUCUCAACAUCCUAUAUGAAGGAGGAAAUUUUGGGACCAUUGAUGUCAGGAGGAGCUGCAUUACCGGUUCACAUAUUUCCGUCUUCACUUGUUGAGGUUGGCUGUUGCGUAACUUUAAGAAGUGACAUCUUUCUUCCACCAGGGUUGUACUCGUUCGGAGUUUAACAUGCAGGCGAUGUUUCAGUUUUGGCGUUCCUCGAGGCAGUUAUGAUGUCAUUUUCGGUUUUAGAUUGUUCUUCUGCUGAUCAUUUAGGCUAUGUUAUGCGCUCUUUUCGUAUGUUGCUUUUGUUUGUUGGCUUAUAUCAUGAGCAACUUUUUGGAUUCCUUUGUUAGUUAUGAAAUGGAGUUCUCAUUAUGGCCUAAAGAAAGAAGUAUUUUCGUGAUCUAA